AUGAGCGCCGCAAUUCGCUUGCCGCUGCGGACGCUGGCCAAUCCCGCGCUGGUAGCCCGAGAAACAUCAAAAGCCUCAAGUGUUAGCGCCUCAUCGAAUCUAUUUGCGAACUCGUUGCGCAAGACUCUGUCGCCGUCCAGAUCGAUCACCCAAUCAUGGAAUCCUCGAUCAUAUGAACCGAUCCCGUUCGCAGCCUUGUCCAGACGUUUCGCCACGAGAACCUCGCCCCUCUUAACCGCGGAGACCAACAGCCAACAAAACAGUGGACCGAAAGUCAAGCCACCCCGGUCGAAGAAGGCGAUUGGAUACUUAAUUGCCUUGGGCGUUCUCGGUGCCGGCGCCGUGGUGUACUCUGAUGAGAUCAAGCAUGGAUACCAAGCCGCAAGACGGAGUGGUCGUGUGGUCGGCACAUUGGCACUCUGUAUCAAUGACUACCGCGUCACCUUAAAGCAAGAGUUCCCUACACCCGAAGAAAGUGAUGCCAACCUCCGUGCAUGCCACAAGCGAUGCGCUGAGCGCACGCUCCGUGUGCUUGAGAAGAACGGAUCUAUUUUCAUCAAGCUGGGCCAACAUCUUAGCAGCAUGAGUUACCUCCUCCCACUCGAAUGGACUACAACCUUCAUCCCGCUUCAGGACAAAUGCCCGGUCUCUUCUAUCGAGUCAAUCCAGGAGAUGUUCAUUCAGGAUACUGGUCAGACAAUUGAUGAGCUGUUUAGCUCAUUCGAUCCGGUUCCUACUGGCGCUGCCUCGCUUGCUCAAGUUCACAUUGCCACCCUAAGAGAAACCGGUCAGAAGGUCGCCGUCAAGGUCCAGCACCCGGCUCUUGCUGAGUGGGUGCCUCUCGAUCUUGCGCUGAACCGAUUCACCUUUUCUAUGCUUAAACGCUUCUUCCCAGACUACGACUUGGAGUGGUUAUCUAGAGAGAUGGAACUUUCCCUGCCAAUCGAACUGGAUUUCCGUAUGGAAGCUCAGAAUGCCACUGCAACCAGCGAAUACUUUAAAAAGCACUCCGACGCUCCGUUGGUAAUCCCCGAAGUCAUGUGGUCCCAGAAGCGCAUCCUUGUCAUGGAGUACAUCGCCGGCGCCCGUCCCGACGACGUCGCCUUCCUCGACGUAAACAAUAUCGACCGUGACGAAGUCUCCGCCGCCUUCGCCCACAUCUUCAACGAAAUGAUCUUCGGUGACGACGCUCCUCUCCACUGCGAUCCGCACGGUGGUAACGUUGCCAUUCGUCUCAAUCCCAACCGCAGCCACCCGAAUUUCGACAUCAUCCUGUACGACCACGGCCUGUACCGCAACAUCCCCCGCGAGCUACGCCGCAAUUACGCCAAACUUUGGCUAGCCGUUAUCGACGCAGAUGUUCCCCGGAUGCGCGAAUUCGCUCACAAAGUAGCUGGCGUCACGGACGAACAGUUCCCGCUCUUCGCUAGCGCUAUCACCGGCCGAGACUACUCCGUCUUGACGAAGCAGAAUGUCGUCUCUUCGCGUACUGCCGAGGAGAAGAAGGAGAUCUCCGGUGCACUGGGUGAGGGCAUGUUGCAGCAGUUGGUCGUAUUGCUGAGUCAGGUCCCUCGAGUUAUCCUUCUUAUCCUGAAGACCAAUGACCUUACUCGCAGUCUCGAUGAAAAUCUACACACACGCCAGGGCCCGAUGCGCACAUUCCUUAUUUUAGCCCGCUACGCUACUCGCACCGUCUUCGAAGAACAAAUGGAGACAAUCCGCGAUUCGGGUGGUAUCUUUGCUAAUUUCUUCAGCUAUCUCUCCGCCUGGAUGGGAUUCCUGCGUGUCGAAGUUAAACUGUCUGCUUAUGAAACUGCGCUGAGCUUGAAAAGCCGACUUGGUCUGCGAACUGCGUUGUCUUAA